AUGAGGCUGGACGAGAAUACAGAUCCCAACAACCUGACGCCCAAAACAUUUCAAAAGUUGUUGUUGCAGCAAGCUUCGCCCGAUGGUGAUGGCCGUGUCAGCAAGUCCACGCACGCCCAGCAGAGCGGUGAGAGUUGUGGUGGUGGCAAGUGUGCGGAAGGAGAGGAAGGGCGGGUAGGAGAGCAGGCACGGGAGCAGGCACGGGAGCAGGCACGAGAGCAGGCACGGGAGCAGGGGAAAGAGGAAUGUUGGGCGCAUGAAGCGGCGCUUCGUGAGCUUCCCACUUGCCCAUCCUCAUCCCCAUCCUCACCCGCAUCCGCAUCCGCAUCCGCAUCCGCAUCCUCACCCGCCACAGCAGCGUACGAAGCUCUUCAAGCCCAGACACGCCCACGCCCACGCCCAUGCGCACGUGCAUGCCCACCCGCUCCUCCUCCUUCUCGCACAAUGCCGAACCUGGCAGACACGACGAUGACGGCCCUGCCAGAUCUGGGCGAAACAUCAACGACGCAACUGUUGGACAUGGACAUGGACAUGGAUUGGUCCAUCCGUCUAGCACCUGCCGCCCCACCACCCGGUUCUCCGCCCAAACGCACGCUCAACGAUUUCAGCAGUCCUGUCAGGGCAAAAGUGCAAGAGGGAGAGAAGAAGAGCUUGUUUGGAUAUUGGUCCAGUCCUGAGAAGAGCAAGCGGGGCAGCGCGGGCGCGUCGAUGAAGGGUGCAUCGACAUCGCGCGGGCGCGAGCAUGAGGAUGUGGUGCAAUCACAAUCGAGCAAGGCGGCUGCGGCUGCGGCUGCAGCGGCGGCGGUGGCAAAGAAGCAUCAUCGCGCGUCUGAUGACGAUGACUCGCAGGAGCGCACAAAGGCGAGCUUUGAGGCAAAGGUGCAGCAGGAGAUCGAGUUGGACCUUUCGGCGAUGAGCGAAGAAGAGCUGGAGAGGCUGGCGUGGGCGACGCAUGAGCGCGAGUGCGAGCGCGAGUGCGAGAAGCAGGAGGAUGAGGCACGCAUGGCUCGUGAUGGUGUGCGCUCUACAAACAAGUCCAGCAAGCACAAGCAGGCCGAUGAGUCUGUCAUGCAGCGACUCGUGGAGAAUGACGCUGAAGCGACGGAUAAGCAGCGCAAGGAGAUGAAGAAGAGGCAGAGCAAGAAUCACGCUUCUAGACCUCGACGCGGUGCGCAGGGGCACGCAAUCACAAUGGGCGCAUCAACAGCAUCAGCAUCCACAGCGACGGAGGAGGAGGAGGAGAAAGCGUCAGAGGAGCAUCAGCGUCAAGGUGCGACUGGACGACGAGCAGCGCAGCAAUCUCGAGCUGCUGUGCCUAUCCGUCGCUCCGUCGGUCCUCCGUGCAUGCCUCGCAUCUCGGAGACUUCGGAGACGUCGGAGCAUUCUUCCCACGAAUCGUGCAGUGCUGCAGCACUCGUCGACCCUUUGGCAGCAGCGCUCAGAGAAGCGCGGGCGCGGGCGCAUGAGCAGACGCUGGAGCAGAGGCAGGAGCAGAGGCAGGCGCGUUCGGAUGAGCUUAGCGGUCAAGAGGCAUCUGCUGAAGCGGUGCUAGCGGCGGACGAGCUGCGAGAAGGUUCGCAUGCAAGGCGAAGACGUUCGAAAGACGCAAAGAAGAGCCAGAGCAGCAGCAGCAGCAGGAAGAGAGAAACUCGUUCGCCAGGCAAACGCUCCCCGAGAAAGUCGAUCAUGCCUGUUUGGAAGAUGAAAGGGGAUGGGGAGGAGAUGGAGGAGGAGGAGGAAGAGGGUGGGGGAGAGGAUGCGACUGCUCCUCCUGCCUUGCCUGAUGCGGAGCUUUGGGCUAGAUUGUCCGCCGGCAGGAAAAGUCUUGCGGAGGUGCGCCAAGAAGAGGGGCGCACGCUCCAUGUCGCCCGGGAGAUGGAGGCGGUGAAGGAGCCCAGGAAGGGCGAGCAAGAGCUGCAUUCGCGCGCGAAAUUGUCGAGCAGCGAGAAGACGACGGGCAAGGGAGAGUGUGGAAGCGCAAGGAAGACGAAGAAGGAGGAGGAGGAGGAGGAGGCGCAAAGGGAGAUCUCGCUUCACGGCAAUGUGAAUGGUGGGAAGGAUGAGCAGAGCGAUGUGCACUUGAAGCGCACUUGCACUCUCCGCACUGCCAAGCUCAUGCCUUGCACGUCUGCCAAGGAUGUGCAAAAGCGCUCAAUCGGACAUGAUACUUUUCCUUCUGGCCUGUCCGAUGCGCGCGCCGAGCCAUCUGCAUCAAAGCCGACGACGACGACUACGACGACUACGACGGCAUGGCCAGCACCUAGUGCAAAGAAAGUCAAGGGCAGCAGCAGCAGCAGCAAAGUCAAAAGUCCCGUAAGGUCUGGUCGACUCGCUUCGCCCGCGCACAAACGUGCGCCUUCGGAUUCCGAUGCAGCGGUGCGCGCCAAAGAAGUCCAAAAGAAAUCGUUGGCUAUGGCGCUGGCCACGACGAGCAGCGGCGAAGCGGAACAGGAUGCGGCGAGGAAGAGAGCGGAACCGAGUGCGCCGAAAGGUGUUGCGCCCGCUACACCUUCGGCUAGAGCGCGCGCAAAGAGGCAAGAAAAGGUGCAAGAUUCGUUCAGAAAGGCAGCUUGGCUCGUCAAGAAUGAUCAGAGCGGCAAGAGGAGAGAGACUCGAGUUGCUGCUGCUGCUGCUGCUGGCGGAGCGCAGGAGGAAGAUGGGUUUGCUCUUGAGAUGUUGACUCUGCAUGAGUUGCGGGAAGGAUGCAGAAAUGGGGGCGCACUUCGACCUGCUCUUGAUGUCGAGCCUGCGGUCAAGUGGAGCGAGCAAGAACGCGUGGCUGACUCGUCAAGAGCGAUUGCAGAGCGACACGCUCCGACUGCGACAAUGGCAGGAGCACCGUCUAGCAGACCUCGACGUAGCGCGAGGUUGAGCGACAAGAUUGAGGAGCAGGAGCAGGAGCAGGAGCAGGAGCAGCAGGAGCAGGAGAAAGAAGGCGCAAGUCGUGCGUUGCACAUUCCAGCGGGCUACAGGCUCUCCUCUACAGGCACGCUAGUGCCCCUUGCCCAAUCUUCCAGCUUCACCUUUUCAGAGCGAGCAAAUCGGGCCAAAAAGGCGCAUUUGCAGAGCAAGAAGCGCGACGAGAAGCAGACGAGCAGCAGCAGCGGCAGGAGGAGGGCGGGUGAGGAGGAUGACAAAAAGGGACCAAAGGCUAAUCCUGUACCUGCUUGGUUGUUGAGACGCAAAGAGGAGCUGGCCAGGCUGGAACAGGAGAGGUUGGACUUGCAGAGACGUAGAGUGAGGGAGGAGGAAUUGGGAAAAUCUUCCAGGCGUGCCAAGACGACGUCGAGCGUGACGAGGUCUUCAAAAGCCCCUGGAACGGCAUCAUCCAGCACCCAUGCGAACGCCAAAGCUUCCAAAUCCCACACCGGCCCCGGCCCCUGCCCCGCCUCGGCGCCUGUGCCGUUCGUAUCGAGCAUCGAAGCGCGUCUGCAAGAGCGCGCAGCGUGGGAAACGAAGCGCCGAGCGCACGAGGAGGAGUUGGAAAGGGAGCGGGAGAGGGCAAAGAGGAUGAGAGUGGAGAUGGAAGAGGAAGAGGACAGGAGGGAGAGAAAGAGGAGAAAUCCAAAGGCGAAUCCUUUGCCCCAGGCUAUUUAUGGAACUUUCACCACCACCACCACCACGACGAGGUCAAAAGGAUUGCCGGCGUAUGCUAGAGCGACGAGAGCGUCUGGCAGGUUAGCUGAAAAGUGA